GUUUGCAGCCCUGCCAGGCUGCCACCAAACAGGCCCCCAGUCACCGCACCAAACUCAGAUAGGGAGAAGGAAACUUCCCACUCCUGUCGUGUGACUCCGUCCUCUUCCUCUAAUCUAAUGGCGGCGGCGACGGCUGAAUGGGUUUUCUUCAAAUUCCAUCCUUCCAGAUUCACAAACCCUAAUCGCCCCCUCACCAGCCGAGGUUCUAAUCGGCUCGGUUUCCGCAGGUUUUCAUCUUCUGCUUCACUAUCUGUUGCAGCCGCAGCUUCUUCAUCGACUGUAAACGAAGUCGAUCCAAAGCGCGAACCCGUUUCGUUCGGUCAUGCCACUCGCCCUGAUUUUCCUAUUCUUCACCAGGAGGUAAAUGGCUCAAAACUUAUCUAUCUAGACAAUGCCGCAACUUCGCAGAAGCCCACUGCUGUCUUGAAGGCUUUACAAAACUAUUAUACCACAUACAAUUCAAAUGUGCACCGUGGCAUUCAUUAUUUGAGUGCAAAGGCAACAAAUGAAUAUGAAUUGGCAAGAAAAAAGGUAGCCACUUUCAUCAAUGCAUCUGACUCUAGUGAGAUUGUUUUCACAAGAAACGCUACCGAAGCUAUUAACCUAGUUGCUUAUUCAUGGGGCCUUUCAAAUUUAAAUGCAGAGGACGAGAUUAUAGUCACCAUCGCUGAACAUCACAGCGCUAUUGUUCCUUGGCAAAUUGUGGCUCAAAAGACUGGUGCCAUAUUAAAGUUUGUGAAUUUAACUCCUGAUGAAGUUCCAGAUACAGCUCAAUUAAAGGAAAUGCUCUCAAGGAAGACAAAACUCAUUGUCAUCCAUCAUGUCUCAAACAUGCUAGCUUCUGUUCUUCCAAUUGCUGAGAUCGUCAAUUGGUCACAUAGUGUGGGGGCGAAAGUGCUGGUAGAUGCUUGUCAAAGUGUUCCUCACAUGGUAGUUGAUGUACAGAAUCUCAAUGCUGAUUUUCUAGUCGCUUCCUCUCAUAAGAUGUGCGGGCCUACAGGCGUCGGAUUCUUGUAUGGCAAGAGUGAGCUGUUGUCUACCAUGCCCCCUUUCUUAGGAGGUGGCGAAAUGAUUUCUGAUGUAUAUUUAGAUCAUUCCACUUAUGCUGAACCUCCAUCCAGAUUUGAGGCAGGAACGCCAGCAAUUGCGGGGGCAAUUGGGUUAGGAGCAGCGAUUGAUUAUCUGUCUGAAAUUGGUAUGCAAAGGAUUCAUGAUUAUGAGGUAGAGCUGUCCAAUUACUUGUACGAAAGCCUGCGUUCAGUUCCCAAUAUUCGAAUCUACGGCCCAGUACCUUCACAAACAGUCCAGCGAGCAGCUCUUUGUUCUUUCAACGUUAAAGAUAUUCAUCCAACAGAUAUUGCCACUUUUCUGGACCAACAGCAUGGAGUAGCCAUUAGAUCAGGUCACCACUGUGCCCAGCCCCUCCACCGCCAUUUAGGUGUGAAUGCAAGUGCGCGAGCUAGCCUCUACCUCUACAACACAAAAGAGGAUGUUGAUAACUUCGUCCUAGCUCUGAAAGACACAGUUAACUUCUUCUCUUCUUUCAGAUAGUCCAAAAUUCUCACUCCUCCCCCACUCUAUAUACCCAUAUACUCCUGUUUUAUCCUCCUACUUCUCCACAUCCUUGCUCAGUUUCCAUCGACCUCUUCUAUAAAACAGAAGAAUGGGGAUAUGGGGAAUGGGAGAAGUGAAAAUUUCACUAACAGUUUGUUUCGCUCUCUAGAUAUGACAGACGUGUUUGGCAAAGUGUGUUUGCAAUGGCAGCCACCUAUGUAUAUCAUUGAUUUAUCCUGGAGUUACUUGACUAGUUGACUACACAACCUAUUUUUGGUGAAUAAAUUGUAAAAGUUAAAUCUCGAUUUAUUGAA